AUGAAGUUGCGAGCUUUGAGUAGUGUUGCCCCAUUGCGUUGUGAAGGUGGCUCUGGAGACGGCAGCCCCGAUGCUGGACGGGAUGGCGGAAUGGCGAGCAGUGUAAGCGCUGAAAUGGAGGCAGCCCUACGCGAGGCUGAGGAAAUGCGGCGUGAGAAGUUUGAGGCGCAGGAGGCAGAACGUGAGAGCCUUCGAAAGACAAUCAGAGAAAAGGUGGGUCCUUAUUCCGACCUGUUUUUCGUCUUGUGCAGUCUCAACUGA